AUGUUAGGAGCCGCUUUUCGUCAACGUGCCGGUGUGAGAGUCGCCCAACAGGUGAGACAAUUGUCAAUUCAUGAGUUUCGGUCAGCUGAGUUGUUGAGGCAGUACGGCGUUGGCACGCCUCGAGGCCAAGCGGCUACAUCCGCAGAUGAGGCGUUCGAAGUUGCUAAGAAGCUGAACACGGAUAGAUUGGUGGUGAAGGCGCAGGCACUUACCGGUGGUAGAGGCAAGGGGCACUUCGACACUGGAUUCAAGAGCGGAGUGCAUAUGUGUGGCAGCCCGGAGGAAGCGCGCGAGCUUGCUGGCCAGAUGUUGCAGCACAAGCUGAUCACCAAGCAGAGCGGACCCCGUGGUAAGCUAGUGAGCGCCGUGUAUCUGGUGGAGCGAGUCGACGCGAAGCACGAGGCGUACCUGUCGAUCCUGUUGGACCGGAAAACCAAGAAGCCGCUGAUUAUCUGCUCGAGCGAAGGUGGUAUGAACAUCGAGGAGGUUGCUGAGAAGAACCCGGACGCGAUCAAAAAGUUCUACAUCACGCCUUCCGAGGGGAUCACGGACGAGACCUGCCAAGCCGUCAGCGAGAACCUCGGAUUCAGCAAGGAAGCGCAGCCGGAGGCCGCGCAAGCGGUCAGGAAACUGUACCAGAUCUUCACCGAGCGCGACGCGACGCAGAUCGAGAUCAACCCGUUCAGCGAAGUCGCCAACAGCGAGCGCAAAGUGAUGUGCAUGGACGCCAAGUUCGGCUUUGACGACAACGCGUCGUUCAAGCAGAAGGACGUUUGGGCUUGGAGAGAUCUCUCGCAGGAGGACCCCGACGAAGUGGUCGCCAAGCAGUACGACCUGAACUUUGUCAAGUUGCAAGGUAACAUCGGAUGUCUGGUCAACGGCGCCGGGCUCGCCAUGGCGACGAUGGACGUGAUCAAGCUGUACGGCGGAGACCCAGCCAACUUCCUCGACUGCGGCGGCGGCGCCACGCCUGAGACGAUCAAGAAGGCGUUCGAGCUGAUCCUCUCGAACAAGAAGGUCGACGCCAUAUUCGUGAACAUCUUUGGCGGCAUCGUCCGCUGCGACUACGUUGCCGAGGGUCUCGUCAACGCGGCCAAGGAGCUCGGCGUCACCGUGCCCAUCGUCGCCCGUCUGCAGGGCACCAAGCUCGAGGAGGGCCAGCAGAUCAUCCGCGACAGCGGUCUCAAGAUCUUCUCGUUCGACGAGCUCGACCCGGCCGCGCAGAAGGCCGUCCAGCUUGCCAACGAACACCACUCUUCCGCAAAGAAAUGA